UUUCGCGCUCAAGAGGAUAUUUUUUAUUCAUAUAAUCGAACAUCUCAAAAAAACGUGAUAUAUUUUAACCGUCUUCUCUACGUGAAUAUUUCAAAACGAUAUAAAUCAACUGUAAAUCAUUCAUUCCUAUAUCCAUUUCUAUAUCCCUCUCCCGCUUUCGUUUUCGUCGUAUAUAAUAGUGCAUUUAAUUAUUACGCAUUGUGUCCUUAUCAUGUUGUGAAAAAUAUUUAUAGAUCUUCGCAUUGCAAAUUCUAUGUAUAAAAUUGUAGCUUUUGAUCAGUCGUUAGUUUUGUGUCGGUGUCGUUUGUAAUGGCAUUCCGACAGCGGUGAUAGACGACCGUCUCGUCCUUGUCUAUGCAUAUACUCGCAUAUUAUCACGGAGACAGAGUUGCUCGCUUGUUUUCCACAUGUAAAACUCCAAAAUUUGCAGGGAGUUUGAACGAUUGUUUCCUCUAGUAAUUGCAACCAUUUGCGGUCAAUCAAGUUAGCGUAACGAUCGGAAUUUCAUGAAAAAAAUAUACGCGCAAAGAGUUUGUUUUAAUACAACUUUUUAGUAUAAAGUUUUUCUCUUCAACGAAGUAAAAAAUCAAUAUCAUGUUAGACUAUGUUUUUUUUGUGUGUAUGAUAUACUGCGUUGUAUAGAAAAAGAUAAAAGUCACGAUGAAGUCAGAAUAAUCGAUCGAGAUUAGCUUUGAAUUUCACUCAAAGUAUGACUAUCAAAAUAACUGAUUGAUGAAAUUGAGAUAUAUGAAUAGAACAAUAAAAAUAAAAAAAAAUAGAAAGAAAGGUUUUAACUUAACAAUUUAACAUUAAGAAUAAUUAAAUAAGGAAAAGUGAUUCUUGUUUUAAAUUAUAAUUCGAAACUCUUGAAUGUUAAAUAGAAAUAUUUAUUGAGCAGAGUAAUUAUAGCUAGAAUAAUAUGUGUGAUUAAUAUGUGUAAAUGUUUAAAAUUUAAUCCAUCAGAUAUUUAAUUAUAUAAUUAUAAAAUAGUGAUAUUGAUAAUAAUUCUGAAUACUUUCAUAUUCACUAUUCUGACAGAACUUAAAACCGCAUACACUACUUUAAUGUAAAUCCGAAGAUAAAUGUUAAUCUCAACUUUACUACAAGGAAAAGUUGAAUUUUCUCCACGAUACGUGACUUGAUAGCAGAGCAAAUUCGGCGGAUUUCGUUUAGAAAUCAACGGGAUAAAUUUCCGUAGUUUAUUGCCGCAGUAUCGCAGCAUUCAGGCAAUUUGUUUCUCUUGCACAUCAGCCACGCGAGUGCUUUAGUACGACACGGCAGUAAAAAGUCGGUAAAAGUUAAGCACCUCGGAACAUUUCCGCGAGUAUCCUCUGUCAGAGGAUUGAUUGUCAGCGCCUUAGCACGAGCGGUUUAAACUACGAUCUUAAUGUUGUCCGGUGUUACAUCACGCCGAUUUCUCCUGGGCUCGGAUAAAACAUCAUACGCCCAAAUUGCCGUUUAUAAAAAUGUAUCAUUAAUCUCGCAAUACACUCCGCCGUAAAUUAGGCGGCUGGGCCCGGAAAGGAUCGUGCGCAAAAAAAAGACCUUGUGUGUCGGAAAAACGGCAAAGUCUAAAAGACGAAAUCGUGUAUCGGAAUUUAAGAAAAACCUAAAGAAAUGCUAAACGUCCCCGUAUUGCCUUGUGAUCGUCGCGCACCGCCACCACCAAUGUCUCUCUUCCAUGCGCAUCCUCGAGCACCCGACCGAAUCGGCCGAACGUAACGAACGGUCGAGUAAAAAGCCAGGAAAAGAAAAAACACACACAUAUAUAUAUAUAUACAUAUAUAUAUAUACAUCACAAGAAAUAUAUACGCCGAUAUAGUGACCUGAAAUCGCGCAUUGACGUCAGUCAUGAAUCUUAUGUUCCGCAAGAAUUUCGGAGGCGAGAAGGGACCCGGUGGUGGCGGACUAACAAUAAGCGGAGGAGGACUGGGAGAAGUCAGGCCUGUCCUAGGCAGCACCGUUUACGGGACCGGGGCCUCGUUCGGUCAGCUAGGGACGCGUUUUGGCGCGGCGCGCGUCGGCCAAUCGGCGGUCGGCGGCGCACGUGGACCCACAGCACGACGCAGCCGGGAUAUCGGAUACUAUCCAUCGAUGGGCGAUCACGAGCACCAGGGGCACGGCUAUCGUACUCAUUUGUUCCUGUCGCCGCCCGCAGGUGGGGCACUUGGCUCGCCGCCGGAGGAACCGGGCGAGCGGCUGGGUCCGCCGCCGCGCCGAAAUUCGGGGCCGCACGUCAUCAAAUGGGGCGGUGGCGGGCCCGUCAAUUCCGGGCAGGGCGCACAGACUGCGAAUCAAGCCAGGAGAAAGCAAAACCAGAUGAGCCAGCAAAAAGAACCUUCCGAUCCACCGACCCCGACUGCGUCUAGGCAGCAGGUGACUUUCAGCGGUAACCGUACUUCCGGCACUUACACACCCCUAGUAGUUUCCGGAAACAGUCCACCGCGAGGCGAACCAAUUUCUUUGGCCACUUUGGACCGUGACUGUUUUAUCAUACCACUGGCUUCUCUCGAACGUUUUUUACCAGCGGGUGUACCACAAGCUCCUGUUGCUGACAAGAAGAGGCCAGGAAGUCCUUUAUCGGUCCUCGAGGUCGAAGAUCCAAAACAAUGUGUUCUCGCGCAUUUUAUGACGCCGCUGGAACCUUUAGACCCUUUAAUGGAAUCUCCAGUAUCUCGUCCGCUUGUCUUACAACGCGACACUGCAGCAGAAUUAGUCGCUGAGAUAGCACCCUCCGCGUCGCAAAGUAUCUUACUUACAAAUAUGGAGAAGAACGCGGAUUUCCCAUUUAUUACAUAUUAUCUAAUAAACAAACAGAACACGGAUCCCAUGGACUUUUACAAUGAAGUGCAAUGCGCGGCCUUACGUAAGUUCGAUCCCCGAGAUCUCAGAUAUGCGGCCAAUCACACAUUGGAUCUGUUCAAUGAGGUAGCGACUAUUGCAAGACCGCCGCUUGAACCACCCGGUGGAAGACCACCGAUUCCAUCCACCGGAUAUAUAGUGUCAAUUUUCAAAGUUUUUGAGGGUGACGAUGGUCUUAAGUUUGAACAAAAUUGGCUCUAUUGGACAGGUGCGCGUAUGAUGUAUCGAUACUUGCCAAAAUCGGUGGGUCUGAGGCGCAUCACCUUGCACAAAUCGAUAUCGCAAGGCGAUAAGAUGUAUUUGUUAAUCUGCGAGUGCUCGCAGCUGCAAGACAAUUUAUCCGCUGCGGCAAUACUUUUACCGGCACUUCGCGCGCGCUUAUGCGGAUACACCGGGCUUUAUAGACCCUCCGUGUGUUUCUGAUUCCUUACCCAACUGUUAGAAUCUGCGAGAAGUAUUGUUUCGAAUUGCAUUACAUGCAUCUCUCCACAGGAAAAUCUAAGCGAAACGAAAUGCAAUCCAAGUCAUAGCGGCUGCCAAGAGAAGACACGAUACUGAUUUUUUUGAAGGAAUCGUAAAAUAUAUCGUCACAAAUGCUGCUGACAAACGAGACACUGUGAUUUCUACUAUCGUACUAUCUAUUAUAAGAAGCGCAACUUCGUAUACGCUUUAGAUAAGUCUUGUCGAAAAUCGACGAAACAGCAUGCUCGACUAGAUACGCCACUGGACCUGUUUGUAUUUUUCGACUUUACUAUUUCGUUCAUCAUACAAACGAGCGUUGCCCGAAUAGGAUCACCAAACACGAAACAAAAAUAGCAAUAAAAAUUG